AUGCCCUCUCCCUGGAAGAAAGCCGUCAAGCUCGACAUCUCCGACAACGAGCGGACUGUCAAGACUGAGUACCAUUGCGCAGUCCGUGACCAGAACCAAGCAUUUCUCAAGAAGACCAUCCAAGAGAUUGCCUAUGAAUACGACUGCGAUGUUGUCCGUGUUCGUGCUGACAUUCAUAACACGAGGUCUGUAAGGAAACCACUAGCGGCGGCAGCACCAUCUCCAGCUCUGAUCCAGAACAAACGCUCCGGCAACACCAUUGCACCCCUCCUCCAGAGCAAACGUUCCCCCAACGCCAAUGUACCCCUGGUCCAGAACAAGCGCGCUGCAGGAACCCAAGCCGGCCCUUCUCUAGGUAAGAGAACUAUCAUGGUCCAGACGUAUGAGCCAGCUCCGUGGCAUGCGACGCUCGAGUUCCGCCAGAUGGAAAACCAGAAGUGGUUCACUGCUCAUGUCUAUGCAGAAACCCAAACAUGGAAAAUUGGUAACAACCUGGUCGAAGGGAUCGCAACUGGUGAGAUGUCAAAGCCAGACGGUAAGGACAUACCGGAAAACCCAGAGAUCUUCCCGGAGCAGUUUUCCAGCAGCGCAAAGGGUUUCAAAGGCUCCACAGACCAAGUCAAAGUGGCAAAGAAGUAA